GUCAUAGUCACAAGUGCCUUUCUCCACGGAUAAUAAUAGCUACAGUUGUUCUGCGGGGCUUGUGAUCUGUGGAUCACCCUAAAGUCAAGAAAGAGAAGCAUACAAUGUUUGACAUGCUUGUAAAUAUUUUACUCGAAGUUCGAAAAAGUGCCAAUAACGUGCAAAUGUAUUUUUCUGACAUUUCCUUUCGGUUACAAAAUGUUUAACUCACUAUACCUGCUUUAAAUGCGCAGUUAAGAUAGACAUGAAUUUCGGACGUGAUGGAAGUGCACCGCAAACGUCGUCGGAUUUGGGAGUGAUGGAACCACACAGCCGACUGAAAGCCUUGUCUGAUUACGGAAAUACCGUGGAUAUAGACUACAAUAUUCCUCCUCGAAGAUAUUUUAGAUCCGGUCUGGAAAUGGUCAGAAUGGCGAAUGUUUACCUUGAUGAAGGAAGCCUGGAAAACGCCUUCAUUCUUUAUAUGAAGUUUAUGACACUGUUCAUUGAAAAGAUACGACAACAUCCUGAUUUCAAGACAGUAUCUGUGGCAGAUCGAGCCAUUAAUGCCCAGAAACUGAGGGAAGUUUUACCAAGAGCUGAGAAACUUAAAUCACGACUUUUAGAGCAGUACACUAAAGAAUAUCAGCGAUAUCUGGAAGAUAAGCGGCGCAGGGAAGAGAAGGAGAGGGAGCUUGAACGUAAGAGAAGGGAGUCUGAAGAAAAGAAGAAAUUACUUCCUCCCAAAGUUGCUGAAAACUCAGAAAUUAAUACUGGGGAUUUGAUCUCACCAGUGAUACUUGUUCCUCCACCUUCAACAGAUGCGAUAUCAUAUCCUGAGAGUUUGGAACCAGUGAAACCACAAAUACCCAAGCCUGACACUCUUGAAUUGCCUGCACCAGGAGUACCAUCAAGACCAACUUUUGACAGAUCAGCAAAGCCUCUGAGUUUGCUGAGUCCAUCAAUACACAGCAAACCAGGUCUAAGAGAUGUUGUCAUACCUUCUAAGCUUAUGGGCAAAUUCAUGGCAUUAGCUCAACGGAAUACAGAACAUAAUGUUGAGACAUGUGGUAUUUUGGCUGGCAAAUUGGAACAGAAUCAGUUGAUUAUAACUCAUUUGCUGGUUCCUAAGCAGACUGGUACACCAGAUUCAUGCACUACACAGAAUGAGGAAGAAAUAUUUGACUAUCAGGACCAGCAUGAUUUAAUUACAUUAGGUUGGAUUCAUACACAUCCUAGUCAGACAGCAUUCCUCUCUAGUGUGGAUCUUCACACACAUUGUUCUUACCAACGUAUGAUGCCAGAGGCACUUGCUAUUGUUUGUGCACCUAGGUACAAUGAAAAUGGAUUCUUUAUGCUAACACCAAAUUAUGGUCUAGACUUCAUAGCAAACUGCAGGCAGACAGGAUUCCACCCUCAUCCCACUGAACCACCACUGUUUACUACGGCAGAACAUUCCAGACUGGAUAAUAGAGCCUGUAUAGAGGUUGUCGACCUGAGAAGAUGAAUGUGAUGGCAAAUGAAGACUGAUAUCACGUGAUAUUCAUAAAUUUAUAACAAUUUUACGGGCUACCUCAUCCUGUCUGCCUUUGGAAAGUUAAAAGUUGCUGGGCUUUUUACAUGGUCUUGUUAGCUAUUCAUUUCAUCAUUCACAAAUAUAUUUUUUAUGACUUUCAUUUUAAUGAAAAGACUGCAAAUAUCAUACAGUUAUUGUUUGUGGUUUUAUCAGGAAAUUAUUGCUUGUGAUAAUGCUUGUGAUAUUUGAAGAGCUAUAAAUCAGUGGUGAAGCAUGUGUCUAUUAAACAAAGGUAGCAAGAGAUUGCAUUAAAGUGCACACUCCGUAUGCUUAUCGUCAACAGAUGUGCUGUGUAGAGAGGAUCAGUAAAAUCUGUUACUGGUAUAAUGUACUUGUUUUGUGUUAGGUUGUACUUUCCUAAGGUUACCAUGCCCCAAACGGAAAAAAAAAUCAUGGAUAUGUAUCAUGAAAGGAGCAAAAAAUUAUAAAAAAUUAUGGAAAAAUUUUCUAGUUGUAUGCAUUGCAGUCCUAAUGUACAACAUACAACCACAAAAACUACAACUUACAUAGCACAGUUUUAUAAUGUUCCUGGUAUGGUGUGACUACCUUUGUAACAGUUAACUUUGAUAAAGUUCCUGCUUCAGCUACACUGAGUUACGUGUGGGGCCCAAGUGGAUGUAGUGAAGAUAUGUGUGAAACAGUCACAUUGUGUAAGAAAGACCAGAAUCACGAUCAGUUUUCAUAAAUCUUUGUAUAACUGAUCUGUAAUUAUGAUAGUUUUGUUUGCGAUGCGUGUAAGGCACAUUACUGAAAAAUAGACUAUACUAUAAUUUAUACUGCAGUUCAGUUCACAGUGGUACAGUAUGUGAACAGGUAAUAAAUGAAUUAGGAAGCUGAAGACAUGACUUCUUUAAGAUAAUCGUAUCCACAGGGCACAAACGUAACAGAUAUAAUCUGUAAAUGUGCAGUUGCUCUAAUAAUUGUGAUUAUUUGUGGCUAGUACACUGAUAGUAUAUUUUCAACUACUAUCAAUUUACAUUUCUUUGUGGGCUUCACUUGUUAUUCUGUGCCGGCCACUUUGGCUGAGCGGUUCUAGGCGCUUCAGUCUGGAACCGCGCGACCUCUACGGUUGCAGGUUUGAAUCCUGCCUCAGGCAUGGAUGUGUGUGAUGUCCUUAGGUUGGUUAGGUUUAAGUUGUUCUAAGUUCUAGGGGACUGAUGACCUCAGCAGUUAAGUUCCAUAGUGCUCAGAGCCAUUUGAACCAUUUUUGUUAUUCUGUGGACCUGUUGAUGAUGGUCUUUAUAUAUGUUUGUAUUCAAGCAGGUUAUGAGGGGAAACCAAGACUUUAUUUCUGGUGCAUUUACAAAAUAAUUCACUUGAUCUCAUGGAGUUCAGUGUAAUUAGUCAUUACAUUUUUAUUGUUUACUGGAACUGACAUGAAAUACAGCAGAACUUUGUUAUCAAUACUGAGCCAUAUGUGCAAUAUUAUUGUGUCAUGAUUGUUUGCUUGUGUUAACAAAACCUAGCAAGUUGCAUACACGAAACACAAUCAGUAGGUUUGUAGUGCAAUGUCUGCAAACUGGUUCACAUCACACAAUCAUAUCUGUAAAUAGAACAGUGCAGUAAUUAAGUGCCAACUAAACAAUUGCAACAAUUACUGCAUGGGGCUAAAACAUUGUAAAGUAUGUUCCUAAUGAGAGAGGAGCAGAAUCUAUAAAUUUAGAAUAUUAGGCUACAAUUCAGCCUCUAUGCCAGUGGUCGUCAAACUGUGGCCCAUGAGUCACAUGCAGCCCAAAUCAAGUAUUCAUGUGGCCUGCAGUUCCCAGCCGUAUUUUAUAAUAAUAUGCAUACACUAAUUAACAACUGAAUCUAAAAACUUCAACUAACAUUAAAAGGUUCUUAAGAGUAAUUUAACUGCUUUGUAACAAACAAAAUUACUUACAGAGACAGUAAUAUUUUAAGAUGUGCUUACUGUAAUUGACGUGGCAUGGCCACUGCAUGAUUGGAGAAUGAGAGGGGGAAUAUAUUACUAUUUGUGUUCCAGUACUAACAAUUCAUGGGUGUAUGCAACUCAUACUGAUCAGCAGCUAUGGUAUGAAUUUUGAGAUGGAAGUUACAUGGACUUGUGAAUGUGUGUUGCAGAAUGGUGAUCUUAUUAUGUGAUACCCAAAGUGUAAAUACGAGUACUGUUAUUAAGCAAAGGGAUUCACAGACAUAAUGAAACCAACAGUGCUUCAUCAUGGAACUGUAGUAUCACAACUGUUAGGCUGCUGAGGCUGGCUGCAAUCUGGACCACAUCUCAGUGAACAUGAAGCGUCUUCCGAAUGGUGCCGACUUUUAACAAGCAGUACGUGGGGGGCCGGUGGCCAACUUGUCGUGACCUUACUGUAGCUAGUCUGUUGGGGGCUCAUGACAUACUAAUUGAUGUAGAUUACCAGUUAAUAAUAAAAUCAGUACAUAUGCAACCUUAGAUGCUGCCCCACAUCAGUAUUGUCUCUUGAACCAAAAGUUUGACGACAACAGCUUUAAUCCAUCAUUAGGAUAGCAGUAAAAUGGCAUAAACAGUACAAUCAUUUCAGUAAAAGUGAAACCAAUGAAAUAUUCAAGAAAGUAAGUAAAUAAAAAGUUGCAAUGGUCAGACUUUUUUUGAUCAUUUAUUUCAAUUAAGAUCUGUUGUUAUUUUGUUAACAUAUUAGCAGCUUUACAUUCUGAACCAGUCCUGGCAUCACUAUGAUCAAGAACAGCAGUUGAGGAUAAUUAAACCUGUGCAGUAUAUGAACAAAAUGAUUUCUGUUGGAUCACAGUUAUGGAAACUUGUAAUAGCAAGUCUUAACAUUUCAUUGCACUUAUCAAAUAUGAAAGAUUGCAGCACAUUGUUGGAGACAUGGUGUGGUCUCAUUGAGAAAGACAGAGAAAUAAGUGGAACAAAAGAAGAGCCCUUAAUUCCAUUUUGCAAAUAGUGGGUGGAUGUUGUAUGUUUGUCCACAUAUCACAUAUUAUCAGCAUUUAGAAAUGCAUGUCAGGUAAUAAAAAAAACAUCGAAAGCAGACAUAUUACAAUUCAAUUUUGGAGAAUAGUGAUUGCAAGUACAGUGUUAAAGACUGCUAAGGAAAAUCGAUACAAAGUGAUGGUAUAAAAGUAUCAAACACAGUUCAGACACGUAAUGGGCAGCUGUCCAUUUUAUAUAUUUUAUGACAAAUGUAAGGAUUUAUUUUUCCGAUGGUAUUAAUGUCUUCCGUUUGUGGUCAUUUAUAACCACUGUAACUGUGUGUACUUUUUUUCAGUGGCAUGGCUUCAACAAUUCAUUAUGGGCCCUAUUAUUGUAUAUCUGUAACAUAACACAUCAGCAUCUGCACUGCAGCAAUCAUAGUAUUAUUGUUGGGUCUCUCUCUUUUAUAAUUUAUUAUUUUUGUGUGAUUUAUACUGAAUUAAUAUAAACCACUAUGCACACAUGUCAGUUUAUGGUGCAGUUACAGUUUUGAUAAUAUGGAAUUUUUGUUUGUCAGUUCUAUUAACCAGUCAUAGCCAUUUUGUCUUAGAUGCGGUCACUAUCUACAAGCCACUCUCAUUUGUGAUGGAGGCAAAGAACAUAGUUUUCAAAAUCACUAUAUUAUUAUUUUUUCCUUGAAAAUUCGUUUUUAUGUCUAUUUUUUUAAAAAAAAUUAUUGCUGUUUUUAUUUCAGUUUGAAUUAAGAAUUGUAAAGCAAUAAGAAGGGAAAAAAUCUCCAUCACUGCAUGCAGAUCAUCUUUUGUUAACACAUAUACUGCAUCAUAUUAUCUUGCAGAAGUUUACUGUAUGACAGUUGUUACAAUUGCAGAAAUUUUGUAGUGAGAAAUUUAUAGCCUUUUUCUUUUUUCUGUUUGAUUCUGGAAUCGUGUUUUUGAAAAUGCAGGAACAUGGAUGAGCAGUUUUAAUUCUGACCAGUGCUUUGUAAAUUAAACUUGAGAAGUCCCUUAAUCUUGUGAAUGGCCAGAAGUGUAAAUUGUUAAGAUUGUGGAUUUUGCACUUUACAUACAUGACUCUGUCUGUGUGUGUGUGUGUGUGUGUGUGUGUGUGGUUUUUUCAUAAUUUUUUUCAAAAUAUUUGAUUUAUUUGCACUGGUUUGAUCAUAAAUUGUGAUUACUGGGUAAUACUACUUCUGUUGUGUUGUUAUGAGUAUUCUUUUUGUAGUACAUAGUUGGGUUUACAAUUGUGCGCUUUACUACAUGGAUGACAGACAGCUUGAAUGCAGGAGUGUUGAUAGAACCACUGACAUUUUUGUAUUUAAUUAGUAAUACUGGUAUGUGCUUUAUACUGUUAGCAGAAAAAACAGUGCCUACUUUUGUAGUAGCAGAGUGCAGUGGAGGCUGUUUAAUAAUUUUGUAUUGAAAAAUUAGACUUGCUUCACCAGCUGACUGUCUGUUGUAAACAUGUGUAAGUUAUUUUAGUAACAUUGCAGUAUUUAUGCAAAGAAAGCGUAAUGUGAUAAAUAAAACACUGAACACUCGUAA